CCUUCUUCCACACCUUCCAUACCAAAAGUAGAUCUUACAUAGUACAUUGCGUGUUCUUCCCCAGCAGAUCCAUCUCAAGUGAGCACGUGUGAUUGAAACAUAGAUGCUGGAUCACGUAGUCUUACCCAAUCCUCAUUAACCAUCAUCAACCUACCCUUGUGGGAAAUCCUUGAGCUGACAAGAAACGAGUUUAGCUCGCAAAUAAACCCCAUGAUAAUCCAUGAUAAUGGUACAGAAUGGGUGGUAAGAAACAAUAUUGCUCACGCCACCUCCACCAUCUUCUCUACCCAAAACAGAUUCGUUUAUUUGUUUCCUGUGCGUUUGGAUACUAGGGUUACAGCGAAUUAGAACACCGGAUUUUCUAUUCGACUCUUAUAUAAUGUAACCUGAUCGGGUAAGGCUAAGACGCGAAGGAGCGCUUCUUGUAGCCUUGCCGUUGGGGAUUAUUUAUCCCGGAUAGUCGGACUGUCGGGUGGGAAACAAUUACCUACCUAUGCCCUCGCGAAAAUUUGGGCUGAGAUGACUUGGAUCAAGUCGUUUCCAUAGGGCGCCCGGAAGCGUCUUACACAAUCCUCAAGUACAGGCCAAUUACCCGUAGACGGGGAGAAGACUGACUGUACUUUUCACUUCUCGUCCUCUCAUAGAAUGGCAUCGAGUACAUAAUAGGGUAUUAAAAUGAAUAAAUCUGGAGCUGCGCUCCUGUUAUUGUGGUCGCUUUGGUCGACAGUGGGAGCAGGACUCGGCGAUGCCACGACUAAUACAGAAGCGCUCAACGGGAGAGAGCAGGAGGGCCGAUUAGAAAGGCUGAUGAGAUCGGAAUGGUCUAUAAUACAAAAUGGUGAAAAUGGCAAAGAUCGAAGAAGACAACUCCAGCCGACGUUGCUUACCCCGACCAUGGCGGCCCUUUCUCUGCCAACUGCAACAACAUCGGGAGACCAUCAUCUCCAAGACCGUCAGGCGGGUGGAAAGGAUGAUGGUAACGACGACGAUGGCAAAACCCCCAAAUCGCCUGCCGACGUUAUAAGCAGUCUCAUAUCCAGCAGGGUGUCAACCAGCGUAUCGAGUAGCGUGGCAGCUAGCGUAUCUGCUGCCUUUUCGACAUCGCUUGCGCAAGUCUCAGAAUCAGCAUCCAGUGCUAUCUCAUCCGCGCGCGAGGCAGCGCGCACCCUAGGACCGAUAUCACCUACGGCAGGGGCCGACACACCAGCGACAACCGAUGUCUCUAUUACCUCGUCUCAAGCGGUUAGUAUUGCUACCGGUGAAUUACCAGCAGUGGCCGCUACAACAGCGAAUGCCGCGAGUGCCCAGGAGAGCGCUACUACGGCUAGCGCAAGUAGCGCCCCGACUCAAGGUUCAUCACUCACUCCAGGAGCCAUAGCAGGCCUAGUCGUAGGGAUCGCAAUCGCAUCAUCAUUGCUCUCAGCUAUACUCACAUAUCUCUUCAUGCGCCGGCGCGCGAGACGACAACAAGAACCUCAAAAUAAAUUUGAACCCAGCUCACCACCACCACAACUCGGCUCUAACUCUGGGAGCCGCGGAUUUAUGAAUCACUCCCACUCCCACUCACUCUCUAACGACCUCUCUAUCUUCCAGAUGACAUACACCUCCCCAACACCCACAAACCACAACCGAGCGGCCAACUUCAGCAGCGAUUUCACGCCAGACAUGAAGCAGCGGUUCGCCCCAACUCCCACUCCAGCUCCAGCUCCAGCUCCAGCUCCCACAUCAACACCAGUAACCGCACCACCUGUAACAGAAUACCCAGCAAUGGCACAAACCACACAGCACGCCACCAAGCUCUCCGCACCCCCCGCAAAGCGCACCUCGCGCGUGCGCUCCCGCCCGCGCCCCCUCUCCGACCCCUCCGUCGACGACGGUCUCGGCCCCGUAUUCCCCGUCUCGCCACUAAGCUCCGAAGGCGACGGCCCAUACAGGAGUAGCAGCACGCGCACAGACCGCCGCCCGUCGCCGUUAAGUUACGAGGGCGGCGGCGGCGGCGGUGGCGGUGGUGGUACAGUCCCUCGCUCCGCAUCAACGCGGCUAUCGCUCGCGCGCCAGCAGAGUCUUAACGGUGGACAACGGGCGCAUCUCGUACGCGUGGGCAGUCAGCGGAGCCAGGAGAGGGAAAGACAAAGUGGUAGUGGUGGUGGGCACUUAGCAGCGGCGGGGACUGCGUCGGGACAGGGACAAGGACAUGGCGAGGGGUUGACUAGGCUGUAUUCGUUUACGACGGAUACGAGCGAGAAUGGGAAUUCGACGGGCAGUGGCGAUGCGCAGCCGCAGCCGAGUUAUCUACAGCCGCGGCCGCUGGUCAAGUACGCGGUCUCGAGUAAUACCGGCAAUUCCUCUCCGGGAUUACAGGUCCAGGCACCGGUCCCGAGGAGGCCGGUCGAUCCGUAUUAUUUUGAGAAGGGUAAUAAUUACUAUUAGGGACUACGUGGCAACUGGCAUUGUCGGCAUGGUUGUUGGAGACGAUGAUAUGGUAAUUAUGGGGAGAAGGGGGAGGGAGAAUUCGACUUGAUGCUAUUAAGGGGCGUGCCGGUUAGAAAAGUGCUCUGGUUGGCGUCUAGGAGCUUUAUAUCCGCCGACGAGCUGUUGGCGUUUGCGAUAUCUACCUUGUAAAUACCUAGUCUCGAACAUGAGUCUUGAGACUGCAUUUAUACCAUUUAUACCAUUUAUACCAUUUAUACCAUUUAUACCAUUUAU